AUGGGAUCUGAGCAAUGUGAAGCUGCCUCGGCUAGACCAGACUCUCCGCCCCCAUUAGAUGCAUUCAAUGCGGAACUGAAGGCAUAUGUGCAACGCCAAGUGGAACUGGAAGAUGCAGACUUGUCCAAAACUCCCCUCAGUGUGAAGUCACGUGAUAAAAGUUACUACUCCGGCCCGGGGAAUCCGUACGACACACCAAUGUACGCCGGAUCGAACCGUUCCACCACUACCCGAACGGGGCGGUACAAUGCUAAACUGGACGGAACCAAUGAGCACGGAUUUUCCACCAGCAAAUCUAGUCGACCGCAAUCCAGAGAUUGUAGACUGCACAGCACGGAUAAGCCCCGGGAGUGUGACAAAUCCGGUCUGAUCGACAGCGAGUACAGUCGAGAUUCCGGGGCAGAAAAUUCCCUUUUCGAUGAGGACAGAAAGUUGAAUGUGUUUGUAAACAAUAGCGAAUUGGACGAAUUGAUUGUCAAAGCCAUUCAAGUACUUCGGAUACAUUUGCUAGAAUUGCACAAAGUGAACGAGUUAUGCAAGGAUUUUUGUUCCCGGUACAUACACAGCUUGAAGACGAAAUUCCAAUCGGAUCCCCUUAUUCAUGGUAAGUGCAUACACUUUGUUUUGACUGGCUGGCUGGCUGGCUGGCUGGCUAAUCAUGCAGUACAGAAGUGCUCGUCCAGCCGUUGUGUUGGCAACAGUUGGACUCCCUUCGCGAUUCGUUUCCGAAUAAAUUAG